CUCCCCGAGCCAUGAGGAUCCGGACGGCCGCGAGGUGGACCUGGGCCGGCAAGAGCUGCCUGCUGCUGGCGCUGCUCACGGCGGCCUACCUGCUCGUGGAGCUCUCGGUGUCGGCGUCGCAGUCCGCGUCGGGAGGCGGCAGUGGCGCCGAGGGGCAGGCGGCCCGACGGGCGGCGGGCGGGAAGGACCGUGGCCGGGAGGAGGAUCUGGCCCGGCCGCUGUACCAGAAGCCCCCCGCCGACCCCCAGGCGCCGGGGGAGUGGGGCCGAGCCGGCAGGCUGCAGCUGAGCGAGGGAGAACGGAAGCAGCAAGAAGAACUCAUCGAGAGAUACGCCAUCAAUAUUUACCUCAGUGACAGGAUCUCCCUGCACCGCCACAUCGAGGAUAAACGGAUGUACGAGUGUAAAUCCAAGAAGUUCGACUACAGGAGACUUCCCACCACCUCGGUCAUCAUCGCCUUCUACAACGAAGCCUGGUCCACCUUGCUCCGCACCAUCCACAGUGUUCUCGAAACUUCCCCCGCAGUCCUCCUGAAGGAGAUCAUCCUGGUCGACGACUUGAGCGACAGAGUUUAUCUGAAGGCACAGCUGGAAACGUACGUCAGCAAUCUUGAGAGAGUCCGCCUGAUCAGGACCAAAAAGCGUGAGGGGUUGGUGAGGGCCCGCCUCAUCGGGGCCACUUUUGCCACGGGCGACGUCCUCACCUUCCUGGACUGCCACUGUGAGUGUAACUUCGGGUGGCUGGAGCCCCUUUUGGAAAGGAUCGGGGAAGAUGAGACGGCCAUUGUCUGCCCUGUGAUCGACACCAUUGAUUGGAAUACGUUUGAGUUCUAUAUGCAGACGGGGGAGCCCAUGAUUGGUGGGUUUGACUGGCGCUUAACGUUCCAGUGGCAAUCUGUCCCCAAAGAGGAGAGGGAAAGGCGCAGGUCGAGAACUGACCCCAUCCGGUCUCCCACCAUGGCCGGAGGGCUGUUUGCUGUGAGCAAGAAGUACUUUCAGUACCUUGGGACCUACGACACUGGAAUGGAGGUGUGGGGUGGUGAGAACCUGGAGCUGUCUUUCCGGGUGUGGCAGUGCGGUGGGAAACUGGAGAUCCACCCGUGUUCUCACGUGGGCCACGUGUUCCCCAAGCGGGCACCUUACGCCCGCCCCAACUUCCUGCAGAACACAGCUCGGGCAGCGGAAGUGUGGAUGGACGGGUACAAAGAGCACUUCUACAACCGAAACCCUCCAGCCAGAAAGGAAGAUUACGGUGACAUUUCCGACAGAAAAUUACUACGGGAGCGCCUGAAAUGCAAGAGCUUCGACUGGUAUCUGAAGAACGUGUUUUCCAAUUUACACGUUCCGGAGGACAGGCCCGGCUGGCACGGGGCUAUCCGUAGCAAAGGCAUCUCUUCGGAGUGCCUAGAUUACAACGCCCCGGAUAACAAUCCCACGGGGGCUAACCUUUCACUCUUUGGGUGCCAUGGCCAAGGAGGGAACCAAUUCUUUGAAUACACUUCGAACAAAGAGAUAAGGUUUAAUUCUGUGACAGAGUUGUGUGCGGUGGUUCCUGAGAAAAAAGAUAACGUAGGAAUGCAAAAUUGCCCAAAAGAUGGGUUCCCUAUUCCAAGAAACAUUAUUUGGCAUUUUCAAGAAGACGGGACCAUUUUCCACCCACACUCGGGCCUGUGCCUUAGUGCUCAUCGGACACCCGAGGGCCGCCCUGGCGUGCGCAUGAGAGCUUGCGAUGCUUUAGAUACAAAUCAGCUCUGGAGCUUUGAGAAAUAAAGGAGUCCAACAGCACUUUCCCUUGUGAGCUGACCCUGGCUUCCGGAAAGCCGGGGAGCGUUGAGAGCCUUAGUGAAGAUUUUCUUUUAUCCAAAGUCACCCAGUGGCCAUCUGGAGAGCGCCGUGUAGCUGUGGUGUAUUUUGGUGUAUGCCACUGAAACCCGUGCAUAGAGUGCUGCUGUUUAAUAUUUCAAAGUGCCUUAUGGGGGUGUUCUAUUUAGGCGUUUUGUUAGUAUGUUCUCUUACUUCUUAAAGAAGUCAACUGUGAAUUGAGAUAUAUAAGACAGUUAAGUGCCAGACUUAAUAUUACAGAAUGUAAAAGUCCAAAUCAAAUGAGAUAUGAUUUAUACUGAUAGGUAAACUCACUGCACUUUUUUUUUUUGAAGCAAAGUGCCCAGAUGUGCAGUUUAAACUAUUCUAUUUUGAUGACAUAGGAUUUGAGUUUCUUUUAGCCAGCACAUUAAAUUAUUUAUUUUAAAUCUAAUUUUCCUUUAAUUAGGUAGAAAGUAAAAAACAGAAAACAAAAAAAUCA